UUACGUUCGUAUGAAAAUUUCAGUUGUUAUUUUAUAUGCUACCAGCAGGACAUAAAUAAGAUGAUAUCAUUGUGGGGUGUACCAAAAGUGUACAGAGUUAGGCGUAAUCGUAGUAUAAGAUAUUUUUAAUUUGUAGGUUGUGACCAAAUAAAGCUUAACCUGUGUGGUAUUUGAGUGUUUACAUAGAGGUACCGUUUGAAGACCUGCAUUCCUGAACGUAGAUACGGAUCAGUUAUAGUGGCUCUGGGCUACAAGACAUACUUGUGUUAGAGCUAAGGUUUCCAUAAUGUUUAGAAAAAUUAUUAUUUGAUUGAAAGUAGAGUUGAUUGUAUGAUAUGAGGAUCGGUAACUACUGAGACGGGGUUAUUUCUGAAGGCAGGAUGGUGCAAGCUGCAAGAUUUUUCUUCUGGCCGGUAUGAGCGAAGAAGAGCUUCUGCUGAGAGCGGCAGAAGAGAGGGCAAACAUAGUGAGCCGCUAUGCCCGUGGUCGCGAAGAAGGCGCUCCCAUUGACCCCUGGGAAGACCCUGGAUUCGAGCUGUACCAUGUCACUGAUCGCUAUGGUUUCAUACACGACAACCGGCUGCCCCAGCGCGCGGACCCCCAGGAGCUGCGCCUGCGCCAGAUCGAGCUGGAGCGCGAGAAGAAGUGGCUCAAGAUGCUCAAGGCGUGGGAACAGACGGCGCCCUCGGACAAGCUGCGUCGCCGCGUCUACAAGGGCAUCCCCGACUCGCUGCGGGGCCAGGCCUGGAGCCGGCUGCUGGGGCUGGCCGCCGCCCGGAAGGACCAGAGCGGCAAGUACGAGGAGAUGCGCCAGCUGGCGUGGCGCUGGUCCCCGGAGAUCCGGCAGAUCGACCUGGACGUGAACCGCACCUACCGGGACCACGUGGACUUCCGGGAGCGCUACGGCCUGAAGCAGCGGGCGCUGUUCAACGUGCUGGGGGCGUACAGCGUCUACAACCUUGACAUAGGCUACUGCCAGGGCAUGUCCCAGAUCGCGGCCUUGCUGCUCAUGUACCUGGACGAGGAGGACGCCUUCUGGGCCCUGUCCGUGCUCGUGGCGGACCGGCGCUACGGCAUGCACGGUUUCUUCAUUCCUGGCUUCCCUAAACUUCUGCGCUACCAGGAGCACCACGACAAGAUAAUGAAUCGAUUCCUGCCGAAACUCAAGAAGCACUUGGACAGGAACGGGGUGGACACGGGAAUAUACACCCUUAAAUGGUUUUUCCAGUGCUUUCUGGACAGGAUCCCGUUCCGCCUGACGCUGCGUGUGUGGGACGUGUACCUGUUGGAGGGGGAGCGCAUCCUCACCGGCAUGGCCUACAACCUCCUGAAGAUGCACCGGCGCACCCUGUCGCACCUCGGCAUGGACGACAUACUGCAGUUUCUGCAGGUGCGGCUGGAGAAGGACUUCGGCUACGACGACGACACGGUGCUGACGAACCUGGAGCGCUCCCUGGAGGAGCUGAAGAAGGCCAAGCUGGACCACGCGGGCCCCUGCCCCCCCCACGAGCUGCCCAAGCGGCCGUUCGGCUCGUUCACGGAGCCGGCGUUCGAGCGCAAGGUGGGGCGGCGCUCGGAGUUCUCGGCGACGGAGAGGGCGGCGCGGGAGAGCGUGGUGCUGAGGCGGGACGCGGCCGUGGCGGGGCUCAACGGCCACCGGCGCGACUCGCGGGCGUCCGUGGGGGAGGGCAGUGCGCUGGGGGGCUCCAAGUUCUCGUUCGACCCGAGCAUCGACGACGCCAGCUCGCUGGUGGACGGCCACCACGGGGGGUCCCGGCGCUCGCUCGCCGACACCAGCGUCACGUCCACCGCCGACCUCUCGGUGUUCUCGCGCUCGCAGGCGCUGGACAACAGCUGCGCGUCUGAGGAGGAGGGGGAGGGGGAGGAGAGCUCGGGGGGCUCCGGGGCGGGCCGCAGCGUCCAGCGGGGUCCCUCGUCCGCCCCGUCCACCCCCCGGGCCACCCCGCAGGCCCCCAGCCCCGACGUGGUGCGCAUCUACGUGCCGUCGCCGUCGCCGCAGAACGGCGAGGCCCCUCCCCGGACCCUGCCCCGCCCGCUGCCCGCCGACGGCAACAAGAUCCGCAUCCGCGUCGACAGCCAGGAGGAGACGACGCCGGUGCUCGAGCAGGGACUCCUCGUCCGGUCGACCAGCCCGGAGGAGAUCGACCUCAAGUGACUGCACACUCGCUAGGACCCGCGCACGUCAUCAGUGACACCUAGGGACGUCUGUGUCUCGCGAAUACAUUUCGUGUCGAGGCAUUUCACAAAACACUGCAGCUUUUCCCCCUGCGUUCAUUGGCCGAGGUCGGUGAGAGGUGUCGUCCCGCUCUUGACGGGGCCAAUGAGCAGGGGCACAACAACAGGGGGGGGGGCAAGGGUAUUUUGCCCCCCCCCCUCCUCUGAAACCAUGAAGUGGGGGCAAACGGGGGGCAAAGAAAGUGCUGUGUUAAUCAAUUUUUAGAUAGUAAAACUGCUUAAAUAGCACCAUUUUCCACCUUGAAAUACAAAUUUUUCCCGGACCCCCCGCUUCAAUAGGGCGGGAUCGAUGAUUCUUUACAAAAUGUUAUAUUGCCCCCCCCCUUCCCCCUUCGGAAAUUUAGUUGUUGCGCCCCUGCCAAUGAGAAUGUGGUCACCGCACCGCUGCACCCUCACAAUUUGCCACGACUCUCAGAAAAAAGCUACAGUGUUUUGUGAAAUACCUUAACACGAAAUGAAAUCGCGAAAUACAGGUGUCCCUAAUGAUAUCCCAUUCAAACAGCUUCUAAAACGCUACUAGUGUUGGGUUGGUUCCGAUCAUGGAAUAGUUCGAUUCUGUUGAUUCCAAAAAAAUAAUUGAAAAAUUCUGAAUCCAGUUGUUUUGUGGAAUCCACAGAAAAACCACAAAUUAAUAAUAUUAACAAACAUAUGAAGGUAUAGUCCUUCGAGUAUGAUUUUUGUUCAAUCACAUUUAUAUUAGAUAGGGUUUUUUUUUUUUUCAGUUAAUGUAGAACAGUGUUUAUUUGUUGUUUUAGUUGUUUAAUUUACAGGAUGUAUACAGUGUUUUUUAAAAUUAUAUAUAAAUGUAAUAUUAUUGAAAAAUUUAAUUUAAAAAAUAAUAAACACUACAUUACACUACAAAAUUGACUA